AUGCUUAAGAGGGCUACAAUACGUCAUUUAAGCUCACCAAGGCUUCUCCAGAGUCGUCAGUUUGUUGUGGCUAGUGCUUUAACUGUUGCAGGCUUCAUUUUUGGCCGCGAUGCCCGUCUAGCAGAUGCUAUGGACAGGGGCGAACUGCACAACAAGAACAAUAGCCUGGAAGUGCCAAAAUAUAACUCAAUCGCAGACUCGCGUCCUAUGAAACCAAACUACAAGGGCCAUGUUCCGCUAUACCCCCACGAAAGAGUGUUAUUGUUUUUGAUUUCAGGUCUCAAGUCGUAUUUCCAUCCUGAGGACGGCGAAAACAUCGUACAACUGGGAGAAGCGUCCGCUUUUACGUUCUUUUUGGAAAACUUGCAGCAGGUUAUGCUCUCGGACAAGACUGGGCGGCGAAUUCUGCGAGAACAGCCCGAUAUCACAUCGGAAAGUCUGGAUAUGGACCGGUUGCGGAAAAUGGCCCCCAACACGCUGGGCUACAACUACUACAAAUGGCUCAUGAAGGAAGGUGUGUCUCCUGAUACCAGGGCACCUGUCAAAUAUAUCAAUGAUCCCUUACAUGCGUACAUUUUCAAGCGGUACCGUCAAUGUCAUGAUUUCUACCAUGCAAUCAACGAUCUUCCGAUUAUAAUUGAGGGCGAAAUCGCAGUCAAGGCCCUGGAAGCAGCCAAUAUUGGGGUUCCUAUGGCUGCACUGGGGGCUCUACUAGCGCCUUUGCGACUCAAGCCAGUUCAAAAAGACCGUUUGUAUAACGUCUACUUGCCCUGGGCGAUCAAAAGCGGCCUGAGCUCCAAACCAUUGAUAAACGUUUACUGGGAAGAACUGCUCGAGCACGACUUGGAAGACAUUCGCAAGAACUUGCAUCUUUCGCCGCCUCCGGACCUCAGAAAAAUUAGGCAAGAGAGGGCCCAGCAGCGUGAGCAGUUCAAGUUGAAAUACGAGAAACAUGAGCUUUAA